AUGACGAAGCCAAGAGUAGGACCGGGUGGCAGGUGGCAAACAACAUUGGAUUGCUGUUUUUUGUUGUUGUUAUUGUCGUCCCAUUUGUAUCAUGCCCAAGAAAAUGAGAGCACUCCCUGUCCCUCAAUAACCUUGCCAUAGCAAUAUAUCCUCAUGACAGUAAAAUGAAAGCGCCUCCGGAAACAUACAAAAAUAUACACUCAGUUGCCAGUUUAUUAGGUACACCACCCCAUUCACUAAAAUGGUUAGCUCCUACAGACAGUGAGUCAUGUGGCCGUGGCUUGCUAUAGAAAGCAUGCAGACAGGCAUCGAGGCAUUCAGUUGCUGUUCGACUGAACGUUAGAAUGCGAAAAACAAGUGACCUAAGCAACUUUCAGCGUGGUAUGAUCGUCGUGUCCAGUGGGCACACGAACACAAACACUGGAUCAUUGAGGAGUGGAAAAACAUCGCCUGUUCCGACGAAUCCCAGGAUUUGAGUCCAUGGCCUCAUCCUGCCUGGUGUCAACGGUACAUGCUGGUGGCGGUGGUGUGGUAUGGGGAAUGUUUUCCUGGCACACGUUAGGUCCCUCAAUACCAAUUGAGAAUUGUUUCCAUGCCCCGAAUAAUUCAGGCUAUUCUGGAGGCAAAGGGGGUCCUACCCAGUACUAGAUGGGUGUACCUAAUAAACUGUGUAUGUGCAUGUGCAUUAUUGAUCAUCUCUAAGAGGCAUGUGUCUUCUGUUCUUCCCAGCUAUGGAACAUAAUUGAUCUGGCUUAGAAGGCUGAUUACGUGGAUGCGGGUCUGGAGUAGUCACUUAGCUUUUGCGUCUCUUUUCCCAAAGUAGCUCCGCACUGCCGCACUGACUGGCCAGGCUCAUUCAGAAAUAUUUGUUCACUGGACAAAUGGCUCCCGAGUGGCAGUAAAAGAGAAGGACAUUGAUUAAAAUGCAUGUGUGUUCUGCAUUCAUGCCUGCCUUCCCCAUGGUACCCUGACCAGCUCAGAACCCCAAUUUGUAAAUGUAAUAGUCUUUUUUUUUUAAGGCUGCCCCACAGGUCCUGAGCUGCUCAGUGCAGAGAAGAGAAAUGCUGGAGAUAAGAGAGAGCCUUCAGAGAAAAACUGUUCCAUCGUGCAUGGACCAUUCCACUAACAAUAUGUUAAUAACUGAAGGAAAUCCUGGCAUUAGUGACAAUGUUAUGUUCAUAACCUAAGGAUAAAGAGAAAUGCAGUGGCUUCCCUCUCUUCUCCAUGUGGAGCUGAAGACUUCAGAGUGAUAAAAAGCGUGAUCUUGUUAUCCUGUCAUGUGUGCCCUUUAUUUGGUUCUGUUUGAUUUAUGUCAGCAAUCCCAAUGCAUUCCUUCUCCCUGGUGUCUAUGCAGCUUGGGGAACAGCACCAAUGUUGGAGGAUGGUAAAUGUAUGUACCUAGCGUGAAAAUAAUCAAACAAUUUAGAAUAUAGAAAUUGUGCGAUGGAGGAAAAUGCUCCUAGUCAAAAUGAAAAAUUUAAGAAAUAUACACUGAGUGUACAAAACACCUUUUGCCCUCCGAACAGCCUUAAUUCAUCGGGGCAUGGACUCUACAAGGUGUCGAAAGCGUUCCACAGGGAUAUUGGCCCAUGUUGACUCCAAUGAUUCCCACUGUUGUGUUAAGUUGGCUGGAUGUCCUUUGGGUGGUGGGCCAUUCUUGAUACAUACAGAAAACUGUUGAGCGUGAAAAAACCCAGCAGCGUUGCAGUUCUUGACACCACCCGCUGCGCCUACUACCACCGUCUGAAUGGCACACAUAUACAAUAAACGUCUCAAUUGUCUCAAGGCUUAAAAAUCCUUCUUUAACCUGUCUCCCCCCCUUCAUCUACACUGAUUGAAGUAGAUUUAACAAGUGACAUCAAUAAGCGAUCAUAGCUUUCACCUGGAUUCACCUGGUCAGUCUGUCAUGGAAAGGUGUUCAUAAUGUUUUGUACACUCAGUGUAUAUACUGUAUAAUAUUUCUCUUCAACCCCUAAAACAUCUGUUCAUCUUUCACGUUCCUUUGCCUAUACACUUUCACAGUUGGUCUUUCUUCAUGUAGCUCCCUCAGAUCAGAACCUGAGCUUCAGUCUGCUUUGAAUCUACCUCACUUCAGCAGCCAGAUUUUGAAGUGAUGAGAACCUUUUAGUGAACUGAGAAAACAUUAAAUUACAUUUCCAAAAAUAGUAUUAUGCAUAUUUCAUGGGACAGAAACUAGUAGAUUUUAAAACCAUGAUAAUAUGCAAUAUGGGAUUACAUUUAACUGUGGUGAUAGAUAUGACAUGUUCUAACCCAUUUGGUACAGAUGUCUGUUCAAAAACUAUUUUAGAUUUAUUUGGUUGACUUGUCAACUAACGUGAAUUCAACGUGAAAUCAACAAAAAAUUGCACCAUGACAUUGGGUUUAGGUUAAAAGUUGGGUGAAAAAAAGACAAAAUUCCCUUAUGUUGAUAACUUUUUGCAAAUCCAAUCAGUUUUCCAUGUUGAUUCACGUUAUCACAUUUUAUAUUUUUAAAUGACAUGGAAACAACCUUGAUUCAACCAGUUUUUGCCCAGUUUGAAGUCCCUAGAAUUCAUGUGUAUGUGUCCAUUUUGUAGUUCAGAACAUCCAUUGCUGAACAAAUACCUCUCUCGUGAUGAUGGUACCUAUGACACAAGGGACAAAGGAUGACCUUCUUGACCCAGGACAAUACAUAAUCUCCUCUUUAAUAAAAAAAACAGGUCACAUUUUUGCAAGUGAUUUAAAACGAUAUACAUUGCUGUUACAGAUUCUUAGCAUAAAGACAUUAAGACAUUCCUGUCUGUGUUUUCAUGGGAUCUACACAGUACGAUGGUGGGAGAUGGAUAGAGAGAGAAAGCCAGGUGUUAAUUUGUUCCAGAACCCCUACACGUCAUCAGCAGUGGAUGUUUACCCAGCGUGGCAUUGCGACUCCACAGCCACAUACGAAAAGGGCCCUCCAAAGCCUUUGAGUUUACCUGAGCCUUCUCUCCUCUCACACAAACUGUGCACACAUACACACACUCCAUAUUUACAUUCACACACAUACAUACACACCGAUGACAAGGUAUGUGUUGGCAGAAGAGCUGCACACAGUGGUCUGUGCCGCCCCAGAGUGCCUAGUUACUAAUAAAAUGUAAAUGAUUAGCUCCAGCAGUGGCUGUGUGUGGGAACACACUCUGUUUAAUUUGUCUGAGGGGUCAAUAGCCACAAAGAGAAGCCAAACACAGGUGUUGCGGCCUGGUCAAUUUCUCCCCAUGCCCUCUUUCCUCGUCUGGCCUUAAUUGUUUCCUGUCUGACUCAUGCCGGGCUGCGUACCUAGUGACAUUUGGGUGUCCUUUUUCAUCAUUUUAUUCUUAUCAUUUAAUUUAACCUCUGCCACCUGCUCUUUUUUGUUCUCCCUGUUUUGUUUAAUCUUAAACUCUCUUUGUUUUCCCCAACUCUUAAUUUGUCUUGAGACGUGUUUCAACAGCAGCUUUUCACACAGCCAGACACUGACGUCUUAUUCUCUCAUGUACCUCAUUUACCAAACAAGGCUUUCACCUGAAUUAAAGCCGUUUGAAAAACCCUCAAUCACGUAUUGUCUGGCUGCUAUUGUGCCUUGGCCCUGAAAGAGGUAUAACAGACAUAAAGACGCUGUCUGGCACAUCCCUUUUAAGGUCCCUUUUAAUUUGUGUCUCUCCUUCUCUCCUUUGAGCUACAGAUGCUUCUCGAUAAAGGAUGAGAUAUGAAAGAUCUCCUCAGCUUAAUAAGUCUUUCUGGUCUCUCCACAGGACAGAUGGGUGGGAUCUGAGAGAGACAGACAGACAUCCCCCUGGUCCUCCAUCUCUCCUGCCUGGACGUCUGCUCACUGCCCCCUCAGAGAUGGCAGAGGACAUGUGGGAGAACAGCACAGUCCCCAGCCUUUACCCCAACCUUCCCCUUUCUCUGCUACUAUGCAAUGACACCAUCCUCAAUGACACCCUCCUCAACGACACCCUCUUCAACUGCACCAACUCCACCAACACAACCAGCCCAGAGAUGUCAUCAGGUCCCAGUGUAGCAGGGGUCCUCAUCCCACUCAUCUACAUCAUCGUCUGCGUCAUCGGCCUGGGCGGCAACAGCCUGGUCAUCCACAUUGUGCUGCACUACUCCAAGACGGAGUCUGUGACUAACAUCUACAUCCUGAACCUGGCCAUCGCUGAUGAGCUCUUCAUGCUGGGCCUGCCCUUCCUGGCUGUCCAGAACACCCUCCAGUUUUGGCCCUUUGGCUCCUUCAUGUGCCGCCUGGUCAUGACCGUGGACUCCAUCAACCAGUUCACCUCCAUCUUCUGCCUGACCGUCAUGAGCAUCGACCGCUACCUGGCAGUGGUCCAUCCCAUAUGCUCCUCCAAGUGGCGGCGGCCCCAGGUGGCCAAGAUGGUCAACGGCACAGUGUGGGCCAUCUCCUUCCUGGUGGUCCUGCCUGUGGUAAUCUUCGCCAACGUCCACAAGACGGGUGGCACCUGCAAUAUCUCCUGGCCUCGGCCGGCCGACAUUUGGCGGGCGGCUUUUAUCAUCUACACGUCCACAGUGGGCUUCUUCUGCCCGCUCCUCAUCAUCUGCCUCUGCUACCUGCUCAUCGUCUUCAAGAUCCGCAGCUCUGGCAAGAAGGUCCACGCCACAUCCACCAAGCGCAGGAAGUCAGAGCGCAAGGUGACGCGCAUGGUGGUGAUCGUGGUGGCCGUGUUCGUCUUCUGCUGGUUGCCCUUCUACGCCCUCAACAUCCUCAACCUGCUGGUGUCUCUGCCAUCAGAGUACCAGGGCCUCUACUACUUUGUUGUGGUAAUGGGCUACGCCAACAGCUGCGCCAACCCCAUCGUCUAUGGCUUCCUUUCGGAAAACUUUAAGCGGGGCUUCCGCAAGGCCCUGUGUCGCUCCUCACGCAAGGUGGAGAGCCACGACCUGACAGAGCGCCAGCAGCAGCAGGAGGAGAGGGGGAGGGUGCUGAAGCCCCGAGAGAGCCUGAGGAGGGUCGUACGAGAUGAGGAGGAGGAAGAUGACGAAGACAGGGAGGACGUCACAGAGAUGACGGAGAUCUGUAGGAUCGCCCAGAAUGGGAACGGACAUCCUGAGAGUUCCCAGGCCCUGUUAACACCCAAGGUGCCAGCCCCAGGGGCAUCUGAGCAUGUGGCAUCCCCAGAAAGGAAAGCCAAAGCUGGGGACAUUGGUGGGAAAGGCUUGGGGCCUCCAGCAUCCCUGCAUAAUGGAAACACAAAUGGGAGUGUCAAACCACUGCCAGAGGAGCCAGUGGAGAAGAACACCUCCCUGGAGAUAAGCUACCUGUAA